AUGGCUCCAGGAACCCCAAACCAUGACACGGGCCCCACUGGCAGUGUGACACCUAUCCUCUCUGCCCGUAAACACCGCCUUGACGAUGCCUACGAUGCGUCGGAGAAUCGCCGGAAAGAUCCCAAGGUCAGCCGCGCCUGCGACUCAUGCAAAGCGAAGAAGAUUCGAUGCUCAGGAACAGCCCCAUGUCAACACUGCAACAGGAGGAGCUUAACAUGCACCUAUGCCAGCAAAUAUUCGCGUGGUCGACCUCCUACACCUCCACCCCUAUCGACAUGCAGAGACCCGGCGACUGCCUCCACAGGCCGAAUACCAGAUGUGCAACACACAACUCAAAGAAGUAUAUCCAAUAUCAGUGCGGAUGUACAGGUCAAUGAGCAAUCCCAGGUCAACAUCGCUGAAGGGGCCAGUGGCUCCUCAGAGAACGUCGGAGAUGGUGCUCCCUCGCGUGCAUCGCCAGAGCUAGUUAUCGAGGGACAGUAUGUUGAUCCAACCUCCGGUCUGACGUCCUUUCAUCUUGCAUGGCGCAAGAUUUCUAUGCAACAGAGAGACAUUAAAUCCCCAAGAACCAGUGAGGCGGAGAUGAAUCAGCCCUUAGUUUCUGCAGGAGACAGACCGUUUUACCAAGACGCACAAAAUUCUGACCCGUUUCCCGAUCCCUCCACAGCCCGUCAUUUACUGUGUUUUUACUUUGAGUCUUGUACCGUGGAGGGUUGGCUGGAAGCUGUCUUGAACAAUCGGCGAACAAAUAGCCCAAGCACACACUGCCUCGGAGUUGCUAAAUAUAGCAUUAUCUUGACUAUUUUGGCAAUCGCUCAGUUUCGCAUCUCAAAGAGCGAAUCCAGCAACGACGAAGUAUCAGCCCUGCGGUCAACAGACCCCUUAUUUUGCGCGGCAAUGCACCUCACCGAUACAGAGAGGGGAUUUCCACGGUUGGAGUCAGCCCAGGCCAGACUGAUCCAAGUGCUAUAUCUUCUCCAGACAUUUCGCAUUGUGUCUUCGCUAGGUCUUCACCGGCGGCGCUCGAGGAAACAAAAUGCUCCCUCAAAUGGUCUUUCAAAUUAUAUCAAGGCACAAUGCGCCAAGCGUGUCUUCUGGGUCACGUAUACCAUUGACAAAUAUCUCAGCGUCGUUAUGGGCCGACCACAGCUUCUACAUGAUGACGAUAUUAACCAAGACUUUCCGGACAGUGUUAAUGACGAGGACAUUGGGCCUGAUGGCCUUGUAACUGUGGACGCUGCGGAGGAUUGUCACAUUGAUUCCCUUAUCUUUCAUGCCAAGAUCGCGCAUAUCAUCGGGCGCAUAUCCCGUCAGGUGUACUCAGUUGGCAAUUCCGUUGGUGAGGGCCGGAAGGCGGCUGCAUAUCAUAUGGUUCACGAACUCCAUGUUUGGCGGGCCAACCUCCCCUUGCACCUAGGCACAAUUAAGCUGUCUACACUAAUACCGAGCUUCCGGAGAGAAGCCACAGCACUUCAACUCGCCUACUCACAUGCACUUAUCCAUGUUAAUCGCCCGUUUCUCCUCGGCGAUGUAGUUAGUUCUGAUGAUGAAUCCGAGGUAAAAGACCGAAUCACUGAAUGUAUAUCCGCUGCGAAAGCGGCAUUAGAACUAGUCAACACCAUGGCGAAAGACACAAACUUGCUUCAUUCCUUUUGGUGGACUCAUUAUGUGACCUUUUGCGCACUUGCGGUGGUAUAUAUCUGGAAUAUACAGUGCAAGGCACGCAAUGAGGAACAUCUGGAGAAUGAAUCAUCGUACGUGAAGCUAUUUGAUCUCGCUGAGAAGUGUCGGGCUCACUUAGCUUGGAAUGGGUCACCAGCAUCACCCGGGCGAAGGUACGCUGCUAUCCUGGAUGAACUGCGCCUGGAGGCACAACGUGAGACAGUCAGCAAUACUAUUAUGGAUCCAGGACCAGGAAUAGCUGGGAGGGUGGACCACACUUCCAAUUCUCAACUCAGCGUCUUCGAUGGCUCCGGCCUAGCUGAAGUACCCUUUGAAUGCAUAGCCUCCACAGAUAAGCCUGUGAAUCCCGUUCCUAGCAUGCUUGACACAUGGCAAGCUGUCGACUGGCUGGACCUAGACGCCUCUGCUUUCUACUCGGCUCUCGAUGAUCUAGGAAUCUCACCAACGUGGUAA